CACAUUUUCUAAAUAAAAUUGUUGUUUAACCUUGCUUUUCCCUUAUGGGUGUUAUCAAAAAGACAAUUAAAGAAGGUAAUAAAAAGGAUUAUCCGACAAAAGGAGACAGAGUUUCUAUACAUUAUACAGGAACCCUUGAAGAUGGAAAAAAAAUAGACUCUUCCUAUGACAAAGGUAAGCCUUUUUCUACAAUUAUAGGAACAGGGCAAGUAAUUCGCGGCUGGGAUGAAGCCAUUCCUCAAAUGAGUAUUGGCGAAGUUGCCGAACUUACAAUUACAGGGGACUAUGCAUAUGGACAAGUAGGAUAUCCGGGUAUAAUACCUCCAAAUGCAACUUUAAUAUUUGAAGUUAAGUUGCUAGAGAUAAAUGGGAAAUCCUGAUUUAUAAAC